UAGAAAUUCGAUGCAAUGGCUGCAAUUCUGCGGUUCCGGAAGCUGUGCUUUCUGGAGCCCUCACCCUCAUCAUGUAAUAAUAUCAAUCCAAAAGUUGAGAAAAAAAAUGAUUGCAAGAAUUGUAGUUGUGAAGAAAAUGGAACAAGGAAGAAGAGGGAAUGGAGGUGCAUAGAUUCAUGCUGCUGGAUCAUCGGAUUGCUCUGCACGACGUGGUGGCUGCUGCUCUUCCUACACCACUGCAUGCCGCCCAAUUUUCCGGGGGCGGAGCCGCCGGGGGCCAGGCUGAGGCGCCAAGGUGUCUCUGCCCACCACCCGGUGGUUCUGGUGCCCGGCAUUGUCACCGGCGGCCUCGAGCUCUGGGAGGGCCGCCCCUGCUCCGACGGCCUCUUCCGCCAACGCCUCUGGGCCGGUAGCUUUGCUCACAUUUUCAAGAGGCCAAUGUGUUGGUUGGAGCAUAUGUCGUUGGACAAUGAAACAGGGCUGGACCCGGCUGGGAUCCGGGUGCGGCCCGUGUCGGGCCUGGUUGCAGCCGACUAUUUCACACCGGGCUAUUUCGUUUGGGCCAAUUUGAUCGAGAAUUUGGCUCGCAUCGGCUACGAGGAGAAGAAUAUGUACAUGGCCGCUUAUGAUUGGAGAUUAUCCUUUCACAAUACUCAGCUGAGGGACCAAAGUUUGAGUAGGUUGAAGAGCAAAAUCGAGCUUAUGUACGUGACGAAUGGGUAUAAGAAAGUGGUGGUGGUGCCACAUUCCAUGGGUGCCAACUAUUUCCUCCACUUCAUCAAGUGGGUGGAGGGCGGGGGCGGGGGCGGGGGAGGGGGUGGGCGCGGCUGGUGUGCCAAGCACAUCAAAUCGGUAAUGAAUAUAGGGCCGGUGUUUCUUGGCGUUCCCAAAGUUGUUAGUAGCAUAUUGUCUGCAGAGAGCAAAGAAGUUGCUUUCCUCAGAUCUAUGGCACCUGGUCUCUUGGAUUCUGAGAUUUUUAGGGUUGAGGCUCUGGAACAUGUUAUGCGUGUGUCUCGAACAUGGGACUCCCUCGUUUCUUUGCUACCUAAAGGUGGAGAGGCCGUUUGGGGCAACUUGGAUUGGGCUCCAGAGGAAGAUCACGUAUGUGAUUCGGUGAUGAGAAAGUAUGAGCAGCAGUUGAAUGAUACUAGAGGUUUUCAAGUCAAAGAGUCGACUAAGUAUGGAAGGAUCGUCUCUUUUAGCAAGACAGCAUUAGAAUCAGAGGUAUCUUUAAGCAAGUCCCAUGGGUCAUGUGGGAAAGUUAGGACGGAAUACGAUGAGGUGAGCCAGGAAACGAUAUGGAAGCUUUCUCAAGGAGGAGCCUUCACUGCAGACACUUUACUGGAUCUUCUUCGAUCUGUUGCACCAAAGAUGAUGAAGAGGGCUGAAGCUCACUUCUCCCAUGGGAUAGCAGACGAUCUUAGUGAUCCCAAAUAUGAUCACUACAAGUACUGGUCGAAUCCACUCGAGACCAAGUUACCUGAAGCUCCGGACAUGGAGAUUUACUGCCUAUAUGGGGUGGGAAUUCCCACAGAACGAUCAUACGUGUACAAGCUCUCACCCCCCGGCAGGUGCAGAAGUAUCCCCCUCCAGAUCGACAGUUCUGCGGAUGGCAGCCCAAAUGGCUGUUUAAGGGGUGGGGUAAACUUUGUCGAUGGAGAUGAGAGCGUACCAGUUUUGAGUGCCGGCUUCAUGUGCGCCAAGGGAUGGAAAGGGAAAACGCGGUUCAAUCCUUCUGGAAGCGCUACUUACAUACGAGAGUUCAAGCACAAAGCACCUGCAAAUUUGCUAGAGGGAAGGGGUCUGGAAAGUGGAGCGCAUGUUGACAUUAUGGGAAAUGUUGCUUUGAUUGAGGACGUAUUGCGCGUGGCCGCCGGUGCAUCUGCAGUGGAGCUGGGAGGAGACAGAAUCUAUUCAGACAUCAUCAAGCUAUCAGAAAAAAUAAACAUUCACCUGUAAUGGCGGAUUGUGUUCAAGAGUGGAUCAGCAGAAAG